GGGCACGCGCAGCUUGUCGUCGCUGCCGUUGGUGUCCUUCCAGCAUCGGAUCCUUUAUUUUUUUUCCCCUGUUGUAUUAAAAAUAGACCGCUACUGGUCGCAGACUAGUGUUCCGGCUACAUCACUUCCCGUGGGGAAUCGUUUGUGCGCCACUUUCAUUUUAAUCACCGAAUCCGUGACCGCGAGAGCGCAAAUGCGCAUCGGUCUGCGCAUCUUUGAGUCUUCAGAACUACACUGUGGACAGUCUCCCUGACACCCAAAGACCUGUCCUCCGCGCACCACCAACUAGGCUUCUUCACCGCCUAUGGCUGCUGCACAUCGGCAUCCCUGAGCCGCUGGCCUCGUCCCGGACUCUUCAACACCACUGUCCUCUGAAGAUCCUGUGAUCAAUACACGAGCUCUCCUCCUCCCACAUUCGUCCGACCGAGACCCUUCUCCCUCUCGUCAUGCAUCCUUACGCGGUGAUGCUAGCGGUGCUCCUUCUGGGGAACUUGAUGGUGCCUUUCGUCUCGGCUCAGAACGCUGGGUUUGUGAAGUCGCCCAUGUCUGAGACUAAGCUUACGGGGGACACCUUUGAGCUGUACUGCGACGUGGUCGGUAACCCCACUCCAGAGAUCCAGUGGUGGUAUGCAGAGAUCAACCGAGCCGACUCCUUCAAGCAGCUGUGGGAUGGAGCCCGCAAGCGCCGGGUAUCCAUCAACACAGCCUAUGGCACCAAUGGGGUCAGUGUGCUCGGCAUCACGCGCCUCACACUGGAGGACUCUGGGACCUAUGAAUGCCGGGCCAGCAACGACCCCAGGCGCAAUGACCUGCGACAAAACCCUGCCAUCACCUGGAUCCGCGCCCAGGCCACCAUUUCGGUGCUACAGAAACCAAAGAUCAAUGCCUCCGAUGAGAUCAUCCUGUCGGCAGCCUCCCCAAACAAACCAGUUACCCUGCUCUGUAACCUCACCACUGCCAACACUCCUCACAAGGAAAGCUUCUGGAUGAAGAAAGGGCAGGAGAUCCCCAAUACACGAACAGAGCAUGGGAACAUAGCAUACAGAAUCAAUAAACCACGGGCAGAUGAUUCAGGGGAAUACAUGUGUGUUUACACAUUUGUCACGGCGCCAAAUGCAAACGCCACAAUCGAAGUAAAAGCGAAACCCGACAUCACCGGCCACAAGAGGAGUGAAAAUAAAAACGAGGGGGAAAAUGCCACGAUGUACUGCAAGUCUGUUGGUUACCCACAUCCCACCUGGACGUGGACAUGGCGUAAAGUGGAUGGCACUUCCUUCACGGAACUUGACAACUCCACCGGACGCUUCUUCAUCACUAGCAGAGAAAACUACACAGAGCUCAACAUACUCGACCUGGAUAUAAACAAGGAUCCCGGCGUAUAUGAAUGCAAUGCCACCAACAUGAUUGGAAACACUGCCGAGACCACCAUACUACGCGUACGCAGCCAUCUCGCACCACUUUGGCCUUUCCUGGGCGUGCUCGCGGAGAUCAUCAUCCUUGUGGUCAUCAUCGUCGUGUACGAGAAACGCAAGAGGCCAGAUGACAUCAUUGACGACGACGAACCAGUUGGACCAAUGAAAACAAAUUCGACAAACAACCACAAGGACAAAAACAUUCGCCAGAGGAAUACAAAAUAAGCAAUUUACUCAAGUGAGAUGGCUAAAAACUGCGCUAUUUUUGACAACGUGAAGGUAUCAGCAAUGGAUAGAUCUCCAGGCAGUUUUGAAAAAAAGCAUAUCUUGUCUCAUGUUGAAUGAGAAACAAUAUCAGCACAACACUGGCAACAAUAAGAACAUAACGGCUGUCUUAAGCAUGCCUUAUUCAGUCUUACAUGGAGAUUUCAGGAUGACGAAUAAUGACUAAAACCACCACAAAGGUGUACACAUUUUUAAUGUGCUGUUGAUGUCUCUCUUUAUUAAUUUCAUCAUGUCCUCAAAUGAGGUGAUCCCUUUUGUAUUACAUAUCAUGUACAAUGCAUGCAAGAUAAUUACGCAAUAGGAUAUUCAGAAUAGAGAUUUUCUGUUGUUGUCCCCCCCUUGUGGCUUUUAUUGCAUCCAGAAUGACCUAUGUUUUUUAAUGGAGUCAUCCUUAUUACACAUGUAUAUCAUAUGCAUAUAUAUGUGAUAAAUAUAUAGUUUUAUUCUUGAAGAUUUGUACAGCAUAUCAUGGUCAUUUAACGAUGUUUGAUUUUGUGACAAUACGUCCACUUUUAAAAUAAUUUUUAUUGUGAAGCUGGGGCUUCCUUGACUGGCAGUAUUUCAAUUUAAUUGCGAGUGAUUACAGAAAAUGUGUGUUUAACUAUCUAACUAAAAGGAAAAUGUGUAUUAUUUUUAUUUUCUUUCCAGAGUAACUUAGGUGUCUUGUAUAUGUUGAAGUAUGAGUGUUCAAAUAAUAGGAAAUCUGUAAAAAAAAAAUGAUAUUUUUUUUAUAUUCCCCAAUUUCAUGAACUGAUUUUUAUUAGAUUUUUUUUUUCUCUUUAACUGUAUAGCAUGGCUAUAAUCCUAUGCAAUAUGUAUUCUUAAAUAGAUAUAUGGAGGGCGGUUUGUUUUACUCAGUGAAGCUUUAAUGUUGUGGGAUCACUUGGAAGCUGGCAUAGCAAAAUUCACUGCUGUAGCUGCAUGACUCCUGUUUGAAUCAAAUGUAUCCGUGUGUGGUGGUGGAAAUGGACCUGCGGUAAGGUGGGGUCAGAGGGACCAGAGUAUAUAGCCACGAACAUGAGUGAGACCAAUAUUUUUUUCUGAAUAAAAAGCUCAAAAAUGAACAAAUUCCUUAUAUUUUCUGUUUUGCAAGUUCUUCUCUAAUCGCCUGAAUUCAGUGCAAUUGAAAACCCUUUGGGUCAUAUACCAUAACAACUAAUAUGUAACAACAUUGGAAACAAUGUUGGCAGGACAACACGAAACACUCCACCACCAGGCACUGCCUACACAAAGUGUGUAAGGAAAAAAAAAAAAAACAUGAGUAACUAGACUAACUUGACCUCUCUGCCUUCAGCUGUUGUUGCGAUUAUUCACUCUUGAAUCAGUUUCUUCAGCUCCCCCUCCACCUUUUCCACAAAAGCAUGAAAGUUUGGAUCCAGCAAACAAACGCGAAGGAUGGGCUCUAAGUCACACUGGGCCAAAGGGCUGUGGUGAUAAACUUCAGGCAGAGCCACAGCUGCCUCUCCCAGAAAGUGCUGUGAACGAGAAGAUUUCAGUGAGUCAGAAAACAAGAAACAGUAUUCAUAUAAAGUAAAUCAACAAAGCAGAAUACACCCGAGUAAGACUCAAUAAAUGCAUGUGGCUACUUACAAAUUGGCAUUUAAUAUGUUACAUGGUGAAUGCUAGAUAGCUGUUUACUAUUUCUGACUUGAAGCAAUCAGUACCUCUGUUAGUUGCUUGAUGGACAAUGAUCCUUGGGCAGUAACCUCUGGAUAAGCUCCCACAGCUUUUCCCUGCUGACACGUGGUGACACAAAGACAGAAAAAAAAGAUUUGAAGAACAUGGUAGGACACUAGAGGGUUAAGAGACCAAUCAAUGGCUUCAUUACUAAUUGAAAAAUAUCCACCCCUCAAAGGCCUUUCAUCUCCCCUCUGAACUCCUUCAGUGAUUCUGUUUGUUAAAGGUCAAAUUCAAGCCCAUGGCAGAGUCCAUUCCUUCCUCGUUUAUCCUUCAUAAUAAAUGUUGUGAUGCCCAGAAGAGCUGGGUGUAGGUUUUACCCAGAAUCAAAGUUCCUAAUUAACCCUAUCCUCCUCAGUGUUUUCGAGUUUGAAAGUAAAUAAAAGUACUGACAUGAACCACAAACAAUGCCAUUCCUGUGUCAUUUGUAAGGUGAAUACUUGACAUCAUCAAAUAAUAUGAUGACAUGGUCUUUUCUUUUUUUUUUUUUUUACAUUUGGUGUUCUUUUUUUUCUUUUUUUACACAAAAAUGUGUGUUUUAAUAUGUUUUCAAUGUUUGAUUUAAUCAAUUUGACUGUUAAAGGCAAUAAUGAGGUCUAAAUAUGGGAUUGGGCCUGAAACUCAUGAGAUACAUAUGAAUUAUUGGUGUGCAGAAAUGCUCUGCUUUUACUAUUUAUUCUUAAUAUUAAUAAAUCAUUUUGUCAAUCAUGCCCAGUGUUUGGAUGUGUGUGCCUUUUCACACUUUCUAAAAGGCAAUAAUAAACUAAAGCUCUACCGCUUUUGUUCAAA